CCAUCGAGCCGGUUAAGUCCACAAAAUGAAGCUCUCCAGUGUGUUACCGUUUGCCUUGGUGCUGUUUGUGGCAUUUGGGGUAGAAUCUUCACCCUCGCAAGGUGUACUUGCUGGGUCGAAAAGUGCACGCAUUCUUGGUGCGCUUCAGCGUCAUCUGGUGCGGCCAGCCAUUCCGCAAGAUUUCGUGCCACGCAAUCCGAAUACAACUGGCGCUCGGUUCCGUACGAAGAUCGAUCACUUUAAUCCUCAGAACAGGGAUACGUUCGAGUUCAGCUACUUCUCGAACGAUGAGUUCUACCGACCGGGCGGUCCAAUUUUCAUUUUCGUCGGUGGAAACUUCGCUUUGACGACGUACUACAUUGAGCACGGUUUGCUGUACGAUACGGCGGCCCGUGAUGGGGCGUGGCUGUUCACGAACGAGCAUCGCUACUAUGGAACUAGCACACCGGUGCCGGACUAUUCGACCGAGAACCUGCGCUUCCUUAAGUCGGAGCAAGCGCUCAUGGAUCUGAUCGAGUGGAUUGAUCAUCUGCGCAACAAUGUGGUGCGUGAUCCGAACGCCCGGGUCAUUCUGAUGGGCACUGGAUAUGCGGGUGCGUUGGCAACCUGGGCCCGACAGCGCUUCCCGAGCAUUAUCGACGGUGCGUGGGGUGCAGGAGCAACCGUUCUGGCAAGCUUCGAUUUCCAGGAGCAUGCCGGAGACAUCGGGCAAAUCAUCCGCCGGUUCGGUGGUAACGAAUGUUACAAUCUAAUCUGGGUCGCCUUCCGUACCGCCCAAUAUUUGAUCGAUGCUGGACGGGAAGAAACGGUUACGACCCUGCUCAACACCUGCGAACCGAUCGAGCAGGGCAACCUUCUUGACGUCGAAACACUGUUCUUCCACCUGAAGCUGGCGAUCCAGGAGGCGAUGCUCGCCGUACAGACGACGGACAAGAUUCGGGACGUGUGUGAGAGCAUGGUUAACAGUACGGAGGAAACGGCACUGCAGGAUCUUGCCGCCUGGCUCAACGUGUACUAUGCAAAUCUGAACUGCAAUCCGUUCGAUUUCGAUACGAACAUGGAAGCGGGCCAGGUGCUGCAGCCGGGCGCGCCGGAAAAUGCCAUCCUUGGGUGGCGCCAAACGCAGUACCAGGCUUGUACCGAGUUCGGUUGGUUCCGGACGACGGAUCUGGACGAGCAGCCGUUCGGUGAUCGUGUGACGAUGCACUUCUUCCUGUCGGCGUGUCGCGCACUGUUUGGGGAGUGGGUGACGGAUGCCGUCAUCUACGACGGUGUACGGUUGACGAACCUACACUACGGUGGACAGGAUCCACGGUCGACGAACGUGCUGUUCACGAACGGAGAGCUCGAUCCGAACCGGCUAGUGUCGAUCACGAGCUACGUUAAUCCGCUGAGCUAUGCGUACGUGGUGCCGAACGAGUUCCUGUACUCGGAAAUCUACUCCAUCAGCGAGGAAGAUUCGAGCGAGCUGGCGACUAUUAAGAACAGCAUUCAGCAGUACAUUGCGCUGUGGCAGGGAGCUGGGUUGGUACCGGCGUGAACGGGAGCGUGGCGUACGAUCAAAGAAUAUUCGUUUUAAAAGUAAUAAAGUCGAUUUCGAGUAAAGUAAGGUA